AGUUGAGUUGAGCAGGAAUCCAAUGGUCCAUAUCCGAAGUUGUUCUGUUAUAAUAAGGCCAGAUUCAGUUGGAUUGGAGGGUAAAUUCACUUUCACAGUUUCACACUCACAGCUCUCUUCUACUUUCUCUUGUUCUUCAGUUGCAGCAGUUUCAAUUCUGUGGACUUUGAAACCUUGUCUGCUCCGCUCUUUUGCUUCUUCCAGGGUUUUGUUUCUCUAAACCUUGAUGUUUGAAGAUAAUUUCUGCUCAAAAUUAAGGAUUGCAAGGUUUACUUAGAACUUUCCGGUUAUUUUUCCAUUUUCAACAGCUAUCUCGAUUAUGGAUUCUGUAAAUUGUGUGUUCCUGUCAGACCAAUGUCAAGGUUGUGAAAAAUUGGAUGAUGCUUGUAAUGGGGAGGCUGUUGAAGUAUCAGCAAUGUCUAAUGGCUCAGCUUCUUUAGAGCCUAUUACUCCUGUUCCUGAUAGAGAGAUAGCUGAUUCUCCAUAUGACUGUAAGACACCGCUCACUGAAGCGAAGAGAUCAACCAAAGUUCCAUGCUUUGGUGCGAAAACUGCUAGACAAGACAACCCAGUUGCAUCUGUCGAUGAUAGCAGCCCCUGUGCUAAAACUUCUAGAAAAGAGGAGCCAGAUACUUGUGCUGAUGAUAGCAGUCCCCGGACACCAAAUGAUGUUGUCUUUGACCCAUUUGCUCCUGGUCCUGAUAACAUGGCAAUGGCUCCCCUCUGUAAGAAAUAUUUGUACCAAAUGAGGACAAGUGUUGCCCGUCGCCUGAAAUUUGAAUCUUCUUUCAAUAUGAUGGAAGAUAAUACUUGUGUUAAUGAUGCAGAAUCAAUUUCAGAUGAGGAGAUGUUUGAAUCUGUUUACAAUAAUCUCUUGGAAGCUAUUGUUUCAAAGCAGACUGAGGGCCUUCUUGCUGAAAUAUCAAAUACUGAGUGGGAUUCCAACUAUUGCAAGACACCUCCAGGUCAUCGCCUAAAUGGAAUUGCUAAAACUUGCCCUGGUGCUCCAAUGAAGCCCCCAGCAAAAUCAAGGAACAUCGAUUUAGGAUUGUGCAGAAAGCUUAAAUUCUGAUGCAGUGGAUUUGUAAGUUUUUGAUAUGGCUGAGCUGACAGUAGGGCAAUCUUGAGGAUUCAAUUCAGAGGAUGACUUAGCAGCAGUGACUAAUUUUUGCUUUACUUCAUCAUGUUGUACUUUUGAACCCUUAUUUCUUUUUCUCUAAAUUAUAACUCGUGGCACUGGGAGAACAUGAGAGAAUUUGUUUCAAGAGAAAAGGGCUCAUUCUGCCCAAGCUUCCAGCAUAGAAUUAGCAUUGUAUAGUUGAUAUUUGUCUUAUUUAUAACUUGGCAAGUUAAAUUUCUCUGAA